AUGGUGUCUGUCCUGGAUUUGAUGCAAGGUGGUUUCCCUUCACGAGCUUCAUUUCAUGAACUGUAUAAUAUGUACAAGAAAUACUUGCCUGAAAAAUUGGCUCGAUUGGAUCCUAGGCUCUUCUGCAAGGCACUAUUUAAAGCCUUAGGACUGAAUGAAAAUGAUUACAAAUUUGGGCUAACCAAGGUGUUUUUUAGACCCGGCAAGUUUGCAGAGUUUGAUCAGAUAAUGAAGUCUGAUCCAGAUCACUUAGCAGAGCUGGUGAAACGAGUGAAUCGCUGGCUGAUCUGCAGUCGUUGGAAAAAAGUUCAGUGGUGUUCUCUCUCCGUGAUUAAAUUGAAAAAUAAGAUAAAAUAUCGAGCCAGUGCCUGCAUUAAAAUACAAAAGACUGUUCGUAUGUGGCUUUGCAAGAGAAAGCAUAAACCACGAAUUGAUGGCCUGAUAAAAGUGCGUACGCUGAAGAAGAGACUUGAUAAAUUUAAUGAAGUAGUAAGUGCUCUGAAGGAGGGGAAGGCAGAGACAAGCAAGCAGGUCAAGGAGCUGGAAUAUUCUAUUGAUGCUUCAAUGACCAAAAUUAAGACCACUAUAAUGACUAGGGAACAGAUACAGAAAGAAUAUGACGCUCUGGUUAGAAUCUCGGAGCAGCUUCUGAGUGCACUGCAAAAGAAGAAACAGCAAGAGGAGGAAGCAGAGAGGCUACAACGCAUCCAGGAGGAGAUGGAAAAAGAAAGAAAGAGGCGUGAAGAGGAAGAACGGCGACGAAGGAAGGAAGAGGAGGAAAGACGUCUGAAAUCUGAGAUUGAGGCAAAGAGAAAGCAGGAAGAGGAAGAAAGGAAAAAGAGGGAAGAGGAAGAAAAGCGUAUUCAGGCUGAAAUUGAGGCUCAGCUAGCUAGAGAACGAGAAGAGGAAACCCAGCACCAGGCAGUGCUUGAACAGGAACGUCGUGAUCGUGAACUUGCAAUGAGAAUUGCCCAGAGUGAGGCAGAACUCAUCAGUGAUGAGGCUCAGCUUGAUUUAGGAUUGCGCAGAGCCAAUGGAACAAAGCUGCAAAUGACUGCGGAACAAAUGGCCACAGAAAUGUCAGAAAUACUGUCUAGGAGUCCUUCAGUUCAAGCCACGAAAGCUGCUGCUGGUACUAAGAAGCAUGAUCUCAGUAAGUGGAAGUAUGCAGAACUUCGCGAUACAAUCAAUACAUCCUGUGAUAUUGAACUGUUGGCAGCUUGCAGAGAAGAGUUUCACAGAAGGCUAAAGGUGUAUCAUGCUUGGAAAUCCAAGAAUAAGAAACGGAACGCGGAAGCAGAACAGCGUGCUCCCAAAUCAGUCACAGACUAUGCUCAACAGAACCCAACGACCCAGCUACCAGCCAGACAGCAAGAGAUUGAAAUAAACAGGCAGCAGCGUUAUUUCCGCAUUCCCUUCAUCCGGCCUGCGGACCAAUACAAAGAUCCCCAGAACAAGAAGAAGGGUUGGUGGUACGCACAUUUUGAUGGGCCGUGGAUUGCUCGGCAGAUGGAGCUUCAUCCUGACAAGGCACCCAUUCUCCUUGUGGCAGGUUGGUACUGA